AUAGGCUUUACUGCAAAGUUAAAGAAGUGUUUGGAAUCGGAGUUUUUAGGCAUUAAUUGUUUGACUGAUAAAAAAGAUAAACAGACAGACACUACAAAUGCCUGGACAGACACAAGUGGACGCCACCGAUGAUGCGGGAAAUACAGUGACUCUGUGUUCAUAUCGUCCCGCAUAUGACCGCAAACUAAGUGUUCCUCCACUCCAGAGGACUGCUGUCGAAGUGAAACGCGUCAAACUCUCGUACGGAAGUGGACAUAAAGCCAAGAUUAUACUCAACAAAAUCAAUCUCAAUGUACCCGAAGCUAAUAUUUAUGGUCUGUUAGGGCCGAGCGGUUGCGGCAAAACAACACUAUUGAGAACACUAAUCGGGCGAAUAAAGCCAGACCAGGGAUAUGUCCGUAUAUUUGGUUUCCAGCCCAACGAACCGGGCAGUCAAAUACCCGGCCCAGCGAUCGGGUAUAUGCCACAGGAAAUCGCGGUUUACGAUGACUUCACUAUUGAAGAGACGCUUCUGUAUUUCGGGAGACUUUUUCGACUCAAUCCCAGAUUUUUGAAGGAAAGAAUUGAAUUUUUAUUGGCAUUUCUCGAUCUUCCAAAUAAGAGCCGAAUGGUUAUCAAUUUAAGUGGCGGUCAGAAAAGAAGAGUUUCUUUAGCGGCAGCUUUAGUUCAUUCGCCACCACUUCUUAUACUCGACGAGCCCACAGUAGGUGUGGACCCACUCUUAAGGCAAAGCAUUUGGCAACAUUUAGUGACAUUGACUCAAUCGGAAAGAAUAACUGUUAUUAUAACAACCCAUUACAUAGAAGAGGCGCGUCUGGCAAAUGUUGUGGGGCUUAUGAGACAGGGAAAGCUUCUCGCAGAGAACUCACCCGAAGAACUCAUGUCUCAAUACAAAUUAGAUUCACUUGAAGACGUAUUCUUAAAGUUAUGUAUGACUGAUAUGUCCAUCAAAGCCGCUGCUUUGGCCACCACUACAGGUCUUGAGACACUUUCUGUCACCGAUCCUAACAAUAGUCACAAUCUUCACCCACAUUAUCAUCUUAUGGCCACAAAUGGAGAUCUCAAGAAUGGAUUGAAGUUUCCGUCAGUAUUUUCUCUUUACAGCGGAAAUAAGGAAUCGAGUUAUACAUUACCGCCGACACCAACGCCUGCCAGAGCUAACAAUAAUACCUCAACGACACAACUGGUUGAAGAGGACGGCCUAUUCAUUAAUCCCAUAUCAUUGGGAACAAUGUCCAGAGGAGCCAAAUAUGACUCACGAAGACUCGACGCCGGAGAGUAUUGCUCGACAAUAAUGGCCGUCACGUGGAAGAACUUCACCAGAACCCGGAGGAAUGUGCCUUUAUUACUAUUUCAGUUCGUAUUGCCUGCCAUUCAAGUGAUAUUAUUCUGCCUCUGUAUCGGUGCCGACCCUUUCAAUAUCAAUGUAGCGAUAGUUAACGAAGAGUUCCCGCCAUUCCUUAGCAGAAUAUUUCUCGACAAAAUAAAUCCACAUCUCGUUAAUCAGUACAAUUUUAGUUCCUUUGAUGACGCGAUCAAUGCUGUGAAGAGGGGAGAAAUGUGAAUGAUAUUAGGAGAAGAUGUGGACAACACAACCAUCGAAGGAAAUCAGCAAAUCUCUUAUACAAUGGAGCGGACAUUUAGGGAAGCGUUUCAAGCGUUUGCAAAGGACACUCUCAACAUAUUGGGACGUAAUCCAGCCUUAGCUGAACUGCCUAUUACU